ACACUGAUAUUAGGGCAUUGGUAUGUCGCUGUUGUCUUGAAUACUUGUUGGAGUCUAAUAUAAGAAUGAAGAGAGUCUUUUCCCAGGACUAUUCUGACAACUGUAAUAGCUGUAUUUCCUCUGAGUGAAAGCCUUUCCAAAAGGCAGAUUUCCUUGCAAGGUACUUGGUCCAAUCAUGAUGGAACCUCAGGUGUGUCCACCUUCUCUGAACAGCAGCCAAUCGGUGAUGAGCGGUUUGGACAAGUCUCCUUCAGCAGGCGGUUACAAGCCCGGCCACACGCGGAACCACAGCAGCGGGUCAUCACGCCACUCACGCCAGGUUCACUCCAGGAACUGGGAGGUUCUGGAAGACCAUGCAAAUGCGUGUUCAGGGAUUGGGUCAGGGCAGGACAUGAGUGUCCCAGGGAUCUGUGAAGGCUUCCUGCUGAAGAAGAGGAAGUACCCGAUGAAGGGCUGGCACAAGAGGUACUUCUUUUUAGAGAAAGGGAUCCUCAAGUACUCAAAGACGAAGCAAGAUAUCCAGAGAGGAAGGCUCCAUGGCACGCUGGAUGUUAGCCUUGCUGUCAUGUCCAUCAACAAGAAGUCCAAGCGCAUCGAUCUGGACGGAGGAGAGUAUUUAUACCACCUCAAGACCAAGAACAACGACCUGUUCUACAUCUGGCUGACCAAGCUGUGCGCGCACCGAGUCUUUAAGAAGAACGAGGCCAUGAGCAUCCAUCACGGGGUCCUGAAUGCCCUCUCCCAGGGCAACAGCACCACACUGCCAGCCAUGGCCAGUCUGGCUCAGAGAAACAGAGACGGUGUGCCAGACGCGAAUCCAACCUACGCCAGCUCCGCCUCAGCAUACCAACCUAGUGUGCAGGCUCCGCUCACAGCUGCCCCAGGGGUCAACAGCAAGGUGGCGGCAUGGCUCCAACAGACCCAUGAUGCUGAUACAUGCUCCCAAGAGCUAAGUCGUUGUCAGUCAGAGCUGACCGAGCUGGCCCAACUCAUCCAGAGACUCAAUUGGCUGGAGACCGGCCAGCAGCCAAUCUCUGACGCCGACAUAGAGCGACGAAUCAACAUGCAGAAUCUCACACUGGACAACCCCAAGGCCAAGAAAGACAAGAAGAUGCCAUCCAAGAUAUUUGGUCACUCCCGCACCAUGUCUGGAGUCGAAGCCCGCAGCGUGUUCACCUCCAGCCACCUGAGCACGUCGUCCAACCUCCUGAAUGUGGGAGCGUCCUCUGCACAGUCCAUCCCGGACUACGUGUACUCUCAGCUCUCCACCCCCGUUGUCACCUCCCCGGAAGCCAAGAAGAUCCAGCAGGACAUCUGUGUUUUGUCUCAGAAGGUUCAUGCGUCUCUGAAGUCCGUCCACGAGGUGCUCACGCAGGAACGGGAGCGAGUCCUACAGGCUUGGAGUGGUCCCGACCUUCGCUCAUCCACCUCCAGUCAACUGGCCACCUUGUGUAGUACACUGUCUGAGUUGGAGGUGCAGUCUCGCCUGACCAAAGUUCACUCGCUGUCCCUCUCCUCUGGUUCAUCUGGUGAUUCAAAGGAGUCCUACAACACUGUUCGUCAGGACCAGACCCUCUCUGUGGGUCGCCCGGUACAACGUGCCCCCUCAGCAGCCGAAUCCAUGAGUGUGUACUACGAUGCGACCGACGUCAUCGCCUGUGAGAACUCCUCGGAGAAUGAAGAGGACGAGUCGGACGAGUCUGGGCUGAGUGAUGUCACCAACACCACAAACUCUGAGCCGGACGAGGUUCAAGCUUCAACUCUGCCUGCCCAGGCAGAAUCAUCGGACCAAGCUGAGAUUAAAGCCACAAUCACCCGGAACUUCCGCGCCAGUGUGUCCAAUGCCCCGGACAGGCUCAGCCGGGUGCCCACUAACACCGGCCGGCGUACCGUCCUGCCGGCGCACUGCGUGGACAACAGCCACAUCGGCAUCAUGAGCAUCCUGUACAACAACAUCGGCAAGGACCUGUCCCGUGUCUCCAUGCCCUGCGGCCUGAACGAGCCCCUGAGCCUCCUGCAGAGGGUGAGCGAGGAGCUGGAGUACUCGGAGCUGCUGGACAUCGCCAACCACACGGAGGACCCCUUUGAGAGAAUGUUGUAUGUGGGUGUGUUCUCCAUCUCCGGCUAUGCCUGGGCCACAUGGAGGAACCGCUACAAGCCCUUCAACCCAGUGCUAGGGGAGACCUAUGAGAGUGUCCGUGAGGACCGUGGCUUCCGCUACAUUGCUGAGCAGGUUAGCCACCACCCACCCUGUUCCGCUGUCCAUGCAGAGUCAAAGAAUUUCACCUUCUGGCAAGACCAGCGAUGGAAGAACAAGUUCUGGGGGAAGUCUUUGGAGAUCAUAUCCUCUGGGCCAGUGCAUGUGACAUUGCCAAAGUCCGGGGACCACUAUGAGUGGAACAAGGCGGUGACCUGCAUUCACAACGUCCUGAGUCAGCAGCGGUGGCUGGAGCACUACGGAGACAUCACCAUCAGGAACAACAACAGUGACAUCUGCACCUGUAAAAUCACCUUUGUCAAGUCCCGCUACUGGGGCUCCGAUAGCAGUAAGAACGAGGUCCAGGGCCAGGUUCUGAACCGAGCAGGCGAGGUGGUCCACCGGUUCGGUGGCCUUUGGCACGAGGGCAUCUUCUGUGACACCCUGCCAAUCCCGCAGUGCCUCUGGAAGCCCAGCGUUCAACCUGAAGACCACUACCAGUACUAUGGCUUCUCUCGCUACGCCAGAGAGCUCAAUGAGCUGACCCCUGAACUCCAGAAGGUCUUACCCCCCACAGACACCCGCUUCAGGCCAGAUCAGAGGAUCCUGGAAGAGGGAGAUGUGGCCGGAGCUGACCGUAAGAAGGAGGAGGUGGAGCAGAAACAGAGGGAGCGGAGGAAGGAGCUAGCCAAAAAAGGAGAGGAACACAUGCCACGUUUCUUCAGGAAUGAGGUUGAUGCAGCUGGGAAUGAGAUCUGGCUGAGCAACGACACCUACUGGAAGAUCCGGGAGCGUCCCGGCUUCGCUAAAGUGGAGAACCCGGAUCUGUGGUGCUGAGUGGACCUGGCAGAACCUCCAGUCAGUGGCCCCAAAAGACUCUUACAGCCCCAUGACUGUUUAACACUGGAGGGCCCUGCUGAUUCCUCCAGAGAGGGGUGAGGUGGGAAGUGUGCUUUGGGCUGCGUGAAUGAACCACUCCAGGACCGCUGGCUGCCGGGGGGGGGGGACUGGGCGG